ACCCGAAAUAUUCCCAAGUUUAUUCUUUUAAUCUUCUUUGUUUCUCUUCUAAAUCCCCCCCAUGUGGCUGCAAAACAACCUGCGGAUUCGCAAAUCACUGUCCAAAUUCUCCUUUAAUUCAUCCCUUUUCAGCUUUUUUAUCUGGGUUUUACUUUUACAUGGAGACUUAUAAGUCAUAAGCAUUAAUUCUCCAACUUCAACACUAUGCAGCCUUCAACUGUGAGUCAAGAACCCAACUUUCCCUUAAGUCUUGUACAUAAGUUAGCUGAUUUUGCAUUUGAUUCCAAGCUAAAUCAUAUUAACUCAAAUGGGGUUUCUCCAAAGUUGUCUAAUUUUUCUUGUGUUGAUAAGUUUGGCGGGCUAGAUAAAAAAGUGAACUUUAAGGCUUCUUUGUGUGUUAGUAGUAAAAAAGUUUCAAUCUUUGAGAAGUUUGUAGCUCAGUUUAAUAGUUUUAUUAGGUUUCAUUGUGAGAAGGUUCCAAUUGGGUUGCCUUUUAAUGGGAUUAGUAGUUGUGAUGAUACUAAUGGAUUGGGAGGAAAUGGGAAUGUUGUUGUUGAGGAUGAGGGGGUGCCUUUGAAUGUUGUGGAAUCAAAAACCCCGAAAAGGGUGCUCAUUUUGAUGAGUGAUACUGGUGGGGGUCAUCGGGCUUCGGCUGAGGCUAUAAAGGCUGCAUUUAAUCAGGAAUUUGGGGAUAAGUAUCAGGUGUUUGUUACUGAUUUGUGGGCAGAUCAUACUCCUUGUCCUUUUAAUCAGUUGCCGAGGAGUUAUAAUUUUUUGGUAAAACAUGGGUCUUUGUGGAGAGUAACAUACUAUGGGUCAGCUCCGAAGGUGAUCCAUCAACCCUAUUUUGCAAUAACAUCAGCAUUUGUAGCUCGAGAGGUCGCCACAGGUUUGAUGAAAUACCAGCCAGAUGUAAUAAUAAGUGUACAUCCAUUGAUGCAGCAUGUUCCACUUCGUAUCUUGAGAUCAAAAGGUCUGCUUGAUAAAACAGUGUUUACUACUGUAAUUACGGACUUAAGCACCUGUCAUCCUACAUGGUUUCAUAAGCUCGUAACGAGAUGCUACUGUCCAACCAAUGAGGUGGCAAACAGGGCACUAAAAGCAGGUCUUGAACAUUCUCAAAUUAAGAUUUAUGGCCUUCCCGUGAGACCUUCAUUUGUCAAAGCUGUUCGCCCGAAGGAUGAACUGAGGAAAGACCUUGGAAUGGAUUUGAAUCUCCCUGCCGUGUUGCUAAUGGGUGGUGGGGAAGGAAUGGGUCCCAUUGAGGCUACUGCUCGGGCACUUGGAGAUUCAUUAUAUGAUGAAAAUCUUGGAGGACCUGUAGGUCAGGUCCUGGUGAUAUGCGGCCGCAAUAAAAAGCUAGCUAGCAGAUUAUCUGCUAUUGAUUGGAAGAUUCCUGUUCAGGUGAAGGGUUUUGUCACUAAGAUGGAGGAAUGCAUGGAGGCUUGUGAUUGCAUAAUUACCAAGGCUGGUCCAGGGACUAUAGCUGAAGCCAUGAUUAGAGGCCUCCCCAUUAUAUUAAAUGAUUACAUUGCAGGACAGGAAGUUGGAAACGUACCAUACGUAGUGGAAAAUGGAUGGGGGAAAUUUUCAAAAUCACCAAAAGAGAUAGCCUCUAUUGUUUCUCAAUGGUUUGGUCCGAAAGCAGACGAGCUUCAUGCUAUGUCACAAAAGGCACUGAGACUGGCACGGCCUGAUGCAGUGUUUAAAAUUGUCCACGAUCUGGAUGAGCUAGUGAGACAGAAAAGUCUUGUGCCUCAGUACUCGAUGACCUAAAACCAUGAAUUUUCACCAUUUUUUGUUCAAAUUUCUUGUUAUAGCGGUCCAGUGGCAGAUGAAUAAACAUGCUUGUUCUAACACGUGAUUUCAUGUUGCUCACCAGCCGGAAAAAUAGGGCAUAGUAUUGAUUCUUAUCCCAGAAACAGAAUUUUCCCUGGAAAAGUAUAGAGAAAAUUGUAGUUCUCAGGAAAAAUCGAUUUAUGUCUAGUAGAACUGUAAUUUAUUAUUUAUAUACUCUAUAGCACACUCAUAAUUUUUAUCAGAGUAAAGUGCAUUUUGUGUACUCCUACUUUACUCAAGACACCAUUUGUAAUAUUGUAGUUUAAAAUCGAGCACUUGCAAUAUCAAUCUUUGUAUUUUAUUA